AUGACGAAAAUGUCAUUAUAUAAAAUACCAGAAGAAAAAUUAAAAAACCAGGAAAAGAUAAUAGACAAAAGUAUCCUAAAUGGCGACAUAAAAAAGUAUGAUAUGCAUAAGCUUCGGUUCAUUUUAAGGAAAUACAUUCGGCAUAACAACCGGUUGCUAAAUUACCGUAAAUAUAAAGAUGUGAUAGAUAAUUUUGAAGCUUUUAAAAUUGUAGUUAUUAUUUAUGUGAAUAGUUUUUUGAAUAAAAAGGCAAUUUUGAAUUAUAGUUUUCGAUAUUCUCAUAUUAUAAAAUUAUUAUAUUUAAAUAGAAAAGCAAAGAGAUUAAUAUAUGGGAGCAAUUACUAUACAAAAGAUAAUACCUUAUCAAGAAAUAUAAAAGGUAGGAAUAAUGACAAAAAAAAUGGGCUUUUAUUUUAUAAUAAUAAAUAUGUACAUGACAAAAAAUCUAGCGAAGAUAAGAAACAUAUAGGUAUUAAUUUCUAUUAUGUUUUAAAAAGUGAUGAUUAUGAUAAAUUAGACAAAAUUAUUUGUAAUAGUAGAAUAAAAUUACCAUCCUUUAGUUAUUUUGAUAUAUAUUUAUUUAGUAAUAAUAAAAAAAUAAAAUAUGAAAUAAAUAAAAAAAAUAUUAAGUACAUUGAUGUUUAUUCGGUUCUCUAUUAUUUGUAUAUAUCUGUUGUUAUUUCGUAUAUGCAUUUAAAAGAUUUCCAUAACGCUAAAAUUAAAUUCUUUGAAUAUAUAUAUUUAAAAAGAAAAAUUGAAAAAUUAAAUAAUUAUUUCCAAAUAAAGGAAAAAAAAAAGACAAAAAUAACUGGCGCAUUCUCAUCUCGCAUGAAAAAAAAAUUCUAUAGUUAUUAUGAUUCAAUACUAAGCGAGAGAAAUAGCAUUGCAUUGUCUUUAAAAAGUAAUAAAGAAGAAGGAACUAAAGAGGAUGAUGAAAGCAAUUCAAAAUCUAAAAAUAAAAUAACUUAUGCAAACAAUGAUAAUAACAAUUCUUUAAACAAGCAUACUAAAAAUAAUAAGUGUUUGAGUCACAGUUCAAAAGUAAAGAAUAAUAAAAUAAUAUCACCAAAUAAAAAAUCGAGCUCAGAAUCAAAUUUCAUGGAAAAUAAGCAAGUGAAUAUGAAUGACAAUUUAAAAAACACGGACGUUAAUGAAACAAAUGAGACUUUUUAUAAAAGAGAAUGUGAUACAAACAGAGAUAAUGAAGUUAUUAAAAAUAAGAAUGUAUAUAACAAAAAUGAACACCCUUACGUUAAAAGCAAAUAUAAUAAAUGUGUACAAACCCGUGUAACGAAAAAAGAAAAAAGAAUACAUAAAAAAAGUAGAAAAGAAUAUUUAACUUUAGAUGAAUAUUUAUUAUUUUUAAAAAUUAAACAUUGUGAGAUUUCGUUAGAGAAUCUUGCAAAUGUUAUGAAAGAUAUUACUUUAGAAGAUAAAAUAUUUAGUAUAAAAAAAUUAAGAUAUGUUAUAAAUAGUACAGAGUGUGAUGACAAAACAAAUUUAUAUAAAAAAGACAAAAUAUUAAAAAAAUUACUAAAGACAAAAGAUAAAAAUUUUAAAUUUUAUAAUUAUUUUUUUGAUGUCUUAAUAUAUUUUUCUUACUUUAAACAAAUUCACAUUAUUGAAGGUAUGCUAAUAAUGGCUCUCAUAUUUAGUAAAUUAAAUUUUAUAAACCUGUCCAUAUAUAUAUAUAGGAAUGUAUAUUUAUUUCUUUACUACAUUUUUGAAAGCUACCAAAAGAAGAGAAUUUAUUUUAAUAAAAAUCAUAAAGCACAUAAAAUCACAUCAUUUAACAUCAUCUCUAUGGAUAGUAAUGAAAUACAUACUGGAAGUUGUGACAUAAUAAACAAAGAGAACAAUUUUUGGGGCAAACAAAAUAUAAAUAAAGCUCUCAAAAGGAAUAAUUUAGUAAUUAAUGGCCCUAAUGAAGGAAUGAUAGGUGAAAAUAAAAUAAAAGAUGAUAAUCUGACCAUAGAUAGUAUACUAAACACAAAAAAUGGAGAUAUGCAUAGAAAAGAUAUUACCAAUGAUGAUAUAAUUCUCGAAAAUGGAAAUAAAAUUCAAGAGUUAAAUAUCAAUAUUAAGGGAAAUAAGACUAAUAACACCAAUGAAGAAUAUAAAAAUUGUAAUGAUAGUAAUAAAAUGUAUCUAGAUGAAUGCAGUUGUAAUUGUGAUACGCUCAAAAUGUACAAUAAUGUUAUGAUAUCUUCAUUUAAUAAUUUUUUAGAAGAAGCAAGAAAUAACAAUAAUUUUUAUUUUCUAAAUGAAUAUUUUGAAAAAUAUUUUCAUUCAAGUUGUCAUAAUGAUUAUUUAUUUUUAGGAAAUUCAUUAAGCUCUUCAAAUUCAAAUGAUAUAAAUAAUAUAAUUUAUAAAAGCAUAAUACACAAUUCUAUAUUUCUUAAUUGCAAGUAUAUAUUUAAUGGCAUAAAAAAGUAUAUACAUCAUUUUUUAAAUUUAAUUAAUUAUAUUGAAAUGAAAUACACAUUUUAUCAAAAUAAUUAUAAUUUAAAAAAUAUAAUAUAUAAUUUAUAUAUGGAUAAAAUUAUAAAAUCCUAUGAUUUUAAUAUUUAUACAUAUGAAAAAAAUAUUUAUGUACUAAAAAGAAUAAUUUUUUUUCACAAUCAUAUAAAUGCUUAUCAUAAUGAUAAAGAUUAUUUAAAUGGUGAUAAAUCCGUAAAAUCUUUAUUUUUUAAAAUAUUUUUUAAUCUUUCCAAAAAUGAAAUAUUCAAAUCUCCCCAGUCAAAUUAUUUAGAAUAUAAAAAAGACAUCCGUUAUUUUUAUAACACUACACCAAAUGAUCCUAACAUUAUAAAUUAUGAGAUACAAAAUGAAGAUGGCUAUAAAAUUACUAUAACUACAGAGAAAAACCUAAAUGAAAGUUUGCAUAUCGAAAAAGGAGGUAAUAACACAAAGAAUAUCAAUAGGGAUGAUUAUGAUGUUUGCUCUGAUAAGACAGAUAAAAUCUACAUUUGUGAAAAUAAUAAUAAUAUAACUCAAAAACGUGAUAACCAAAAUUUAAACAUAAUAAAAGAUGGAACAUCUAAUAAGAAGGUUACACAUGUAGAUAAAUCUAUUUCCAAUAAUUACAUCAAAAAAUCCGAAAAUACAGAAGAUGACAAAAAAGAAAAUACCUAUACAAAUUAUAUAAAUGCUAAUAAUAAAAAAGGAAAUGAUAUUCUUAAAAUGGGGAUAAAAAAUAGUAUAUAUGGUGAUGAUAAUGAUAUUUUGGAUAUUAAUGAUCGAUGCUAUAAUAGUAAAUCUGAUUAUUUUCUUGAUGAAAAAAUAGGACAUUUUAAUAAUUUAUGUACAAAUACAAGCAAGUUAGAUUCACCUAUUCAAAUUCCUGCAUUUUCGAAUUCCAAUAAUAAAAUGUCUUUGCUUCGUUCAGCAAAAGAUAACGGUGAAAUCAUAUUGACUAGCCAAAGCGAUGAAAAAUGUUUACACAAUGCUUAUGAUAAUAUAUUAUUCAAUAAAAAUAUGAGUAAUAUGAAUAACCAUAGUAAAAUUGGUGAAAAAUAUGAUGGAAGGAAAAAUGAUAAUUUUAUUGAUAAUAUUUUAAAAAAAAAAAAAAAAAAAAAUAGAUUAAAUAAAAGUGGACAUGAUGAUAUGAAUAGUUUCAAAAAUCAAAAUGUGCAAACUUUUUUUAAUUUUAGUAACAACGAGCUAAAAAUUAUGGUCUACAACUUUUUAUAUUUGUACAUUUUAGAUGAAUAUAUAUAUGAAAAUACACAUAAAAAGGACAUAAAUGAAUAUUUAAAUUUUAAAAAUGUGUUAAAAAAAAAACAAAAACUGAGAUACAAUUUUUUUAACUUUAUUUCAAAAGCAAACAAUGAUAUAGGAAAUGAAAUCGAUUCAUAUAAAAAAUAUAUAAAGGUAGCAUAUAUUAAAAAAACAGAAAAUAAUGCAUAUAAUUCAAUAUUUGGCCAAAAACCAUCAAUUAAAGUAAAUGUUAAAAAAGAAAUAAAUAAUAAUUAUAAAACACAAUCAGGACACCAUGGCGAAACUGAUUUGGAAAUAAAAAGCAAUAAAUCAUUAUUAUUAAAAAAUGAUCAAGAAUAUAUUAAUAUGCUUAUAAAAAAAAAAAAAAAAUACACACAAAUUUAUUAUUUAUUAUUUAAUAACAAAAAAUUUUAUAGUAAUAAAAUUAUAAAUUUCUUGAGAGAUAUCCAUAAAAAGGAAUACACUAUACACCAAAUGAAGAUUAAUAUAGAAAAAUAUGAGCAUAUAUAUUUUCUAUUUUUAAUAACAGAAGCAUUGUCUUAUUUAAUUUUGCCUUAUAUUAGCAAUAUUAAUUCUUCAUUUGCAUCCAUAAAAUGCUAUAAAAAUAUGUGUGGUACUACAUUUACGCAAAUAGACAAGUUUCGAUUAAAUACUAUACCGCUUAUUUUUGAUGAAGAUACUAUAUAUCAAAAAGGGAAUGUAAAUAGUAAGAGAACUUAUAUAAAUCAUUGGAUCUAUAGGCAAAAAAGACUGAUUAAUAGUAUCAGAAAGAGAAGAGACUAUUCAAGCAUUUCUAACAUUUACAACAUUUCAGUUCUUUUCAAUAAUGUGAAAAAAGUAAAUUUUUUAAGCUUAAAACCCCCCAAAAAAGAAAAAUAUAUUGAAAACAAUUUCAAAGAGCCAAAUAUAUACGAUCAAAAUUGGAAAGAAGCAAAAAAUAAUAAACAUAAAUAUUACAGAAUGAAUACUUUAAAUAAUAUUAUUAAAGAUGAAUCAGCAUAUAUUCAAAAAUAUUCCAUGUUUAAUGAAAACGAUAAAAAUGAAACAGCCAAAAAUACACUAUUUAAUAAAAGCAAUUUAACAAAUCAAAAAAAAAAUAUAUAUUUAAAAUAUAAUCAAGACCCUAAUGAAAAUAUUUAUUAUCUUAAUAUGUACAAUACUAAAGAGAUCAUACAACAAAUACGGGAUUGUAAAAGUAAAUUAUCAAUUGAAACAAAGACAGUUAUUGAAAAUUCAUUUCUUUUUGAUGAUUAUUAUGAAUUAGAUGUAUGUGAAUUAAAAAAAAUAUAUCAUAACAAAUCAAAAUAUUUUCUCAUAAAAAAAUAUGAAACUAUUAUAACAUUAGCAUUUUUCACUAGAUAUAAUACUUAUUUGUUAUUUUCAUUAUAUCAACGUUUGGCAUUGUUAAGUUACAUGUAUUCGAAUUAUAACACUUCUAUAUCAAUUUUAAGAUAUAUUAAUCAAAUACAUUGCAAGUUGAUAAAUAAACAAAAAGGACCAGAUUAUACAGUAAUGAAUCACAACGAUAGGGAAUAUUAUAUUAAUGGUAAUAGUAAGUAUGAUAUAGAUAACGAAUAUAAAUUUGAUAAAAUAAAAAAUGAGAAAAUUGAGGGAAAAAAUAACUUUUGUAAGUCUGAUGAAAAAAAAAAAUCAAACAUCCUUUUCUAUAUGAAAAACGAAGAUAUAUCUUUUCAAGAUUACAUAAUUAAUACAUAUAGUACUAAUUUUAUAAACGACAAAAAUAAUGCGCAUGAUAAUUUUCCUUUUAUUUCAAAUAAAUCGCUUUAUGAAAAAUUAAGUGAUAUAAAAUCCUUUAGAUUUUCUAUAUUUUUUGAUGUAUUUUUUGAGUUAAAAGUGAAUUUCAAUUGUUUAGCUAAUUCACAUAUAUGUGUACAAAAUGGAUUGAAGUAUUUAUUUUUUUUUAUAAAAAAUGCACACAAGUUUAAUUUUUUUAUUUAUUAUAAGGAGAAAAAGCAGGCUAAGAAAAGGAAAAUUUUAUAUUCCCCAAAAUUGAUAAGCGAUGAAAAAAAAUACAUUAAUGAUAUUAACAAUAGUAAAAUCAAAGAAAAUAACAUCCAUGAACAUGAUGCUACAACGGUUCCAUUUUCAAAAAAUACAACUUCUACUAGACAUAAUAAAAGUUCAUCAAAAAAUAAUGCCUAUAAUGGAUCUCAUUAUAAAUACAAAGUUGAUAUAAAUAAAUAUCGAGGAAGCAAAUUGUUCUAUAUUAUAGCAAUUUCUUUGCUAAAACAAAUAAAUACUAAUUAUUACUAUGAUAACAUAAAAGAAAUAAAUUUAAUAUAUGAAGAAGAUUUAAUAGAUAAAGAGAUAAAUGUAAACAAUAUUGUAAAAAAUGAUUACAAAGAGUUAUUACACUUAACUUAUAAAUAUAUUAUAAAAAGUAUUAAAACUGAUCGUGAUAAUUUACUAAGUUAUUAUUAUCUUUGUAUUAUUUAUUUAUAUAGAUUAAAAAUUGACAAAUGUAAAUAUAUUUGUAAAAAUUUUUUAUUAAAAAAUUAUUAUAAUGCUUAUUCAUUUCCUUUUUGGUUAUUAACCAUAGUAGUAAACAGUUGUAGAAAUAUAUAUUGUGACGAUAAUUUUAAUAGCAAAUUAACUACAGAAAAUGAAAUACAAAAAAUAAAUGAAAACACAUUUUAUAAAAAAAAUAAAACUGAGAAUAGAAAAAAUACACCAAAUAAAUCUUUCAAAUAUGAUGCACUCAGUAAAGAAAAUAAUAUAAAAUCUGUUACACACAAAAAUACUUAUGAAGAUAUAGAUUCUUCUAUUUUUGACAAUUAUAAAAAAAAAUAUAUAUCACUACUUACUGAUUUAAAAUUAAAUUCGCCAGACUUUUACAAAUCUAUUACUAAUAUAAAUGAUGUGUUUGAUAUAAAUGACAAGAAAGGAAAUUAUAUGAACAAUUUUUGUUAUAUUUCGAAUAUAAUGGGAUGUGUAAACUCCCCUAAAAAUGACUGUGAUGAAUCCAAAGAAAUUAUACUAAGUAACAGUAUUCACACUCAUAAGAAAAUAGAUAAAAGUGAUGAUAUAAACAAAUAUAUUAAUCCUGAAGAAUCUCAAAUAUUUUAUGAUAGCAUUAAACAAGAACAGGAAUGCAGUAACAACAUAGGAUGUAUUUAUAAAAGAAGCCAAUACAGUGAAAACGACAAAAAUACAAAUUAUCCAUCGCACAAAUUUAAUAUGGAUUGUUAUAGGGGAAGCACAUUUAACAUAGAUUGCUUUUUGUAUAUAUCAAAAGCAAUUAAUUAUUUUUCAGAUAAUGUUUUUUUCUUUUAUUUAUAUGUGCAUUAUAUGAUUAAUUUUUUUGGAUUCCAUGAUAUAUUUUUUUUUUGGGAAAAGCCAAAAAGAAAUAAAAAAAAUAAUUAUAUACACUCAAAACUAGAUUAUUCAUUAUUAAGGAAAAUACUAGAAGAGGAUAAAAUGAGAUCAUCAAAUAGUUCCGUUUAUAGCGAAUAUGAAGAGGGGACUUAUCAAAAUGGUGCCUACAAAGACAACGAUAUUUCUAUUAUGGAUUAUAGUUUUUUUAAUUUAAAAAAUCAUAAAACACAUCGAAAAAGUAUAAUAAUUAAUAAUGACCAGAAUAAUGAUAUUACCUAUAAGAGAAAUAAUCUAAAUUAUAAUAAUUAUGAGCAUUAUGAAAGUAGUAAUAUAACAGAUCGUAGUUAUAACUUAUCAGGUGAAGAAGAGUUAAGUAGUGAUAAUUUCUUUAUGAAUACUAAUAUUAAUUUGCCUACAAAUUUAAUGAGAUCAAAAAAUUUUGAAAAUAAACUUUUAACUAAUAAUAUUAAAGAUGAAAUUAAUAAAAUUCAAGUUUCGUUAAAAAUUAUAAAGGGCGAAAAAAAACAUCUUCGAAAAAAUGCUCAAAAGAAAAAAAGGGAAACAAGUAUAGGGCAUGAUAAAAGUAAAACCAAAAAUGUUGAAAUGACAGAAAAUAAUAUUACUAUCACUAAUAUAGGCAAUAUUGAACAGAAGGAAACAAAAAAUUAUAAGAUACAAACUAAAGGAGGAGAUAAAGACGAAGAAAAGCCAUCUAACAAAUCAAAACAACGAAUUUCUAGUGAUGCAUUAGAUACAAAUAUAAAUUAUAUGAAUAGUAAUUAUGAAAAAGGUGAAAACAAGAAGAAAGAAAAAAAACAAAAGGCAGAAACAGGAAACAAAAAAAAAAAAAAAAAUACACCCCCAAAAAAUAAACCAAUGUAUAUCGAUACUAGUAAAGUAAAGCUAUUACCCUGUUCUUUGCCAAUUAUAUUAACUUUAUAUAAUUAUAUUCACAAAAUUGUUGAAAAAAAAAAAAAAAACUCAGAUUUACAUAUAUAUUUUUAUUUAAGUAAUAUUAUGUCUUAUAUAAAUUUGAAAAAAAUCAAAUGUGAAUUACAUCAUGAUACAGAUCAUGAUAAUGAUUUUGUAACAAACAACCAAAUGAAUAAUAGUAAUUGUUUUUUUAACUACUCUAAAGCAAAUAAUAAAAUAUCAAAUAAGUAUGAUUUUUCUGAAAAUUGUAAAAAUAAUAGUCAUGAAAAGGUAAAUACAAAUAAUUAUUCUAGCAUUAUGAACAAUAUAAAAAGCACAGAAAAUAGUUAUAUUCCUCAUAAAAAUAAUAAUAUAAUGAAGAGAAAAUUUGUCAAACAGAUUAAUUUAAAGAGUAUAUAUUUAGAGUGUAUUAUGUGGAUAAAUAUUGGAGAAAUCUUGAUAUAUUUAAAAAUAAACACAAAAGUUAUUAUUUAUAUAUUUAAUAUAAUUGAAACGUAUAUUAAAUUUUAUCUUAACUUAAAUAAUAAUAGCAAUUAUUACAAUUAUGAAAAUACAACAUUUUUCUAUAAUUUAACGCAAGAAUUUAUGUGUCUUAAAUGCUUGUACCUUUUUUACUUAUAUUCAAAAUGCAAAAAAAAGAAUCUCUAUAAUAGUAGUUCAAUAUAUCUAAGUAUUCUUGGGGUACCCCAUCAUAAGAAUACUCGUCACAAUAGUAGUUUUAGAAAUAGCAACAGUAGUAAUAACAAAAAUUACAUGAACAGAAAUAGGAUGAAACUAAAGGAUCAAAUCUAUUGUAUUAAUAAGAAAAAUACAAAUUUUCCGUUGAAAAAAAAAAAUUUAUAUACAAAAAUAUAUCUUUUUGAAAAAGAACACGAAUCAUAUAAAUAUAAAACGAAGCAUCUUAACAACCCUAACAUUGUUGUAAGUAAUAAUUAUAUUUAUUUUAAUGAUAAAAUAUAUGGCAAUGUUUUAAAGGCUCCUUUCUACACUAAUAAUAAAAAAAAAUUCAAAUUUAAUUUCGAAUUUUUCAAAAAAGAAAAAAUAAACAACUCUACAAAUGAAGAUAUAUGCACUGGUUCAAAAAGUAAAAAUAAAGAAAACGAUAAUCUUAGCAUUAAUAAAGAUAAUAAAAUGACAAAUGCCGCAAAAAAUAAAAUAAAUAACAAACAAGGUGAAGUGACCGCAUUAAAGAAAUAUAAAAACCCUGCGUCUAGUAAAAAACGUAUGAAUAAGUUAUACACACGGGAGGAAAUGCUAUUUAACUCCUUUAAACUUGAAAAUAAUACACAAAAUGAACAAAAAAAGUAUAGAUUUGUAAAAAAUAUUAAAAUUUAUUUAUCUUUAAUAAAUAAAAUUUACUGCAAUAAUAGGAAAGUUAAUAUAUUAUAUGCUAGAUACUAUUUUUUAAAAAAGAAAUAUACAAAAGUUAUAUCAAUUUUAUCAUUACUAAAUGAACAUUAUAGUAAUAUAUCAUAUUUUAUUAAAAAAAAACAUAUGUCUGCAUAUAAACAUAAUAAUAUUUUUGCCCAAAAUAAUCUGCCCUCUAAUGAUAGAAAUAACAACAUGAAAGAAGAGUAUCUAUUUCAUUUAAAUAACCAAACAGAUUUUACUUAUGAAUACUUAAAUAUAUAUAUGUAUUACCGAUCGUUUUAUAAAUUAAAAGAAUAUAGUAAAUCAGAUUAUUACAAGAAUGUUUUAAAUUAUAUUUUUUUAAAGUGUCCCCUUAUAUCGUUUAACUUGUUUCCGUUUAUAAAUCUUUAA